CUGCUGCGGCUCCUCUCGGCUUCCAUGCACGAACGUCCACUCUGACAGUUCGCCACAGCACCGCGGGGCUUGUGCGCGCGCGCGCGUGCACGCGCGCUCUGUGUGUGGAUCUGCUGAAGGUUUGGUUGGGUGUUGCUCCUCACUUCUGCGGCAUCUCUCUCACCGUGUGCGGGCCUGCUGCCGCCGCUGCGGAGGACCGCGGUCCGUGAGCACACGGAGCACAUUGCGGGCACUGAAACUGUCCGACGCGACAUGUCCCGGGGGCACGCACUCGGGAUGAGUCCUGCACGCAGCUCGCCUAAUUUGGUUUCCACUGAUUGAAUUUGGGAAUGGCACGCGGAGCUUGAAGAUAAACACGGGCCCGGUCUGCUGUCGGAAAACUGACCUCGGGUAAACCCCUCGGCGGACUUGGGAGAUUUUCUGCAGGGGUGGUUUUGUUUUUUUGUUUUUUGCGCAGCGCGGAAACUCUGGCGCAGCGUGAAUUGGGGGAUGAUCUCCCGGUCGAAUGACACGACGGGCGACUGAGUGAAACCGCGAUCGUUUGGGGACACACAGGCAGCGGCCGCGGCCCCCGGGGGGUAGCGGCGCGAAGAUGAUGUCACUGAUAGACCUGGACGACGACCAGCGGUGGGUGCCCACUCACGUGAACGUCACCGUCCUCCGCGCAAGGGGACUGCGAACCAAGGGCAAGCACGGCAGCCGCUACCUCUACACCGUCAUCCAGGUGGCGAAGGAGAAGUACACCACCGGGCUGGUGGAGAAGGCCGAGGUGCCCGAGUGGAACGAGGAAUGCUGCUUCGAGCUGCUCCCCGGCGUCCUGGAGGAGGGCGGCCGGAGCGCCUACCCCCCGGGGAGCGGGGACCUGGUCCUCACGGUCAUGCACCGGGUGCUCAUCGGGCUGGACGUCUUUCUCGGCCAAGCCGUCGUUCCUCUGGAUAAGAUGUUCCAGGGUGGAAUGUGUCCCAGAGACGAAUGGUUCAAGCUCAACUCCAAGCCAGGACGAAAGGAGAAGGAACGUGGUGAACUUCAGGUGACAGUGCAGUUCACCCGCAACAACAUGACCGCCAGUAUGUUUGACCUCACCAUGAAGGACAAACCUCGCUCUGCUUUUGGCAAGCUCAAGGAUCGCGUCACAGGCAGGAAGAGGGGGGACGUGGAGUCUUCCUCGGCCAUUGUGCCAGGCCGCUACGCCGCCCUGUCGGGGUCCCUGGGGCAGCCGUUCGGAGAGGAGGGCCAAGGGGUCGUAGAGUCGAGAGAUGUGGAGAUAGCAGAGGAGAAGAGGAGCAAGAUGAAAGAUUUCUUCAAAGGAAAGCUGCGCAAGUCGUCUGACACCAGGUCAUGCUCGUCGCUGGCUUCAGAUAGUAGUAUGUCUUCCAUGGCCAGUGACAACCUCGGCCCUCCACCCAGUCUGGAUCUGCUUUCAGACCCUCCCAGCUCCCCCAUCUACACUAGCAAAGUGAGAGCGGACGCCCACUAUGGAGAGACAGAUUUAGCUAAAAAAGUGCUCACCAGCCAGCACACCACAAAGGUUCUCACACACAAGCGAGCCUUCAGCGAUGAAGCUAGCAAGAUCACAACAGCCUUCCCUCGACCAAAUCUUGCAAUGGAGUCUCUCAAGGGUCAGACCAUGACUCAGUCCAAGUCUUCCUUGUGUAUAAAUGGAAGCCAUGUCUACGACUCUGAGCCAUCGACUCCAAAGAGCUCAGGUACCCUCCCUUCCAAGCUGGUCCUGCUGGAGAAAUGUUCCCCGCUCUCUCGGUCCCUGCAGAACCUCACCAAGAGAAGUGAGGACAAAGGUUCCUUUGCCGAGGGCCGCCGCUGGUCCUUCGACAAGAUGAAGAAAGAGGAAAAGGAGGAAGAAAAGGAAGCUCAGGCAUCGUCUCCUCCGAUUCAGCAAGCUCAGACAGGGGGUCGCCCCGUACAGGCAACGAUGCCGAUCGUGUCCUCUGCUACUGAUUCAUCUGAAAAAGGGAGGAAGAUAAGAAAAACGUUAUUCUCUGGAGGGAGGAGUGAUUCUCUCCCAGCUAAGUCAGACCUGCACCAGGCUGCUUCAGCAUCUGAGGGGAGGCUCAGAGGCUGGUUUGGCUCCGGGGACUCCCAGAGCAAGCCAAGGCUGGAAGUUUCUCCUAAGGUAGAAAGCAGCUCAGAUGUACCCCCUCCCCUCCUUUCUCGCUCCCCUAUCCCCCCUCAGCGCUCCUCUCCCUCUGCCUCCCCCUCCGGUCAUGUCUCACCUGACGACUGCAAUCCCUUCACCCCCUCUUCCUCUCCCUCCUCAACUCCUAUAUCCCCCUCCAACCCAUUCUUCUCACGUAUGCAGCGCAACCCCUUCUUUGAGGAGCUCAUAGCUGAAGAGUUGCAGAGGUCCCCUCCUUUUGUGCCUUGCUCCUCUUCUGGCUCGUCCCCCUUUCAUUACACCACUCUGCCCUCCCAGCCCUACACAGCCGGCCCUGCUCAUGUUGUUAAUGCUACAAAUAUGGCUUCCAUAAAGCGGGAGCGCCCCAGGCCAGUAGCCAGACAGAUAUCUCUCCCUGCAUUAUUACCCAAAGCAGCCGCACCAAACUCCACUAACCACACAGCCCCCCGCUCCAUGUCAGAGAGUGCAGGAGAAUGGGAUGACUUUUUUGAUGCUUUUGCCUCUAGCAGGCUCAGCUCGCCUAAAGGGAGUCUUCCUCAGAAACAGCUUAGAACCAGUCCACCCUCAUCUCAUAGACGUAGUCAUCCAGUUAGUAACAGUACCAAUAAUGACGCACAAGAGUUGCAAACAUGUGAAGAGCAGCCUCCGCCUUUGCCUCCAAGGAGAUUUUUAAGAACAUCAGUGAAUGAGAUUUAUUCUGAUGGCUGGCUACACAGAGGUCAGGAGCUAGCUGUCCAUAAAGAAGCCUACCUCCUCUCACAGACUGGCGUGGCCUCACUACAACGCGGCAGAGAAGGUGAAUGCAAAAGAAACAGUGUAUCUCCAGACCCACAGACGAACAGCGAGACCUCUGACUCCCUCAGUGUCCACUCCCAGGCUUACAGAAACAUUAAUGCCCCAGGAUUCAUCUCUGAAAAAAAGCUCAAAAAGUUCAAAUAUGAACCUUUGGAGGAUGACACUGACCGCUGGGGAGGGAUGUUGUUUGAGCAAGACUUGUAUGGACGCAUAUGUAGAGGAAACUAUGGACAACCCAAAGCAAACUGUCAUCAUUUGUCAUUGAACACUGAGGAGACUGCUGUAAAGAACAUCACAUUAAAGAACUCAAGACCUACAAUGCUUUUUGAAAGUGAGAUGUCAGUUACAGACCUUUUGAACAUGUCAACUACUACUUCCCCUAUCCCAGACGUAAAGGUACUGGAUAGUACUUCUGGUCCAGUAGAGGCUAAUCUAACUGAAACCACACGCAUCAACAAUAACGUGUCUUUCUCACUAACUUUAGGAGACCUGAACAUGAAUGUGAGUAAUUUAGACUUUAGUUUCAUUGAUUCGGACGGCUCCUCUCCAUCAGAGGUAGCCGAUACUCUCAAAGGCAUCAACAGUUUAGGCGAGAUUUUCCCACAACCGACAAAAGACUCACCAACAGCCGUUUACCACGAGGAGACCACACCUGAGGAUAUGUUCACUUUAAAGGACACCUACAUACCUGGGAUGAACUCUUCAUUUGAAAUACCUGCCUCUUCGAAUAAACUGUGCAAAGUGUCUCCAGUUCGCCAAGACAAUUGCCAGGAUUGUCGAUGUGAGCUGAAUAACGCGGCACCACACGGUUACUCAAGGGUAAACGGGACGGAGGUCGCUGCGUUGUCGUCUCAAAAUAAAACAUGUUAUUCAUCCGAUCUUGAAACUGAAUCCAGAGAAGAUAAAACAAGGGGUGACAAUGAUUUUAAAAAGACACAAAGGAACUUUGAUGAUAAUGGCAAUCCACAAGCUAAGCCAGCCACAGUGAGGCAGACAGAGUUGUUUUCUGGGGUGGUUAGUGCACGUUUUAGACCAAAAGCAGUGUCCCGACAGAACAGCAGUGGCAGCCCAAACAGCCAAAGCAAAAGCGGAGACAGAGAGUUUGAACAGUUUCUGUCCCUUGUUCAAAACAUUUCAGAAGUCAAUGAAGGACCAUUGUCGUAUCAGCCCACUAAAUCAGCUCUUUCUUCCUUGCUGGCGUUAGAUAAACAGACAGAUUUGCAAGUUGAUAGCACCUGUACAACAUUGCAAAUAUCCUCAAAAGACGACACGUCUCUUCCCACAAAAAACGGUGUAACUGGAAAACCUUCUGAGAUCAGUUUCAAAGACCUCCACGCAAAAGUUGCACCGAACUCGAGAACCCCUUCGAAGUCAAAGAUUGAGCAAUCUUUGCACGAGCCUGAAGCCUCUUCUCCCUCCAUCCCCUCUGCACUCACCUUGUCCACUGAGGCACAGGCCGAGCUCCACCCUACCCCCGUCUGUUGCCCCUCCAUACAUUCCUCGAGCAGGGGGCCCAGUGCUGGAGCCAGCACUCCUCUGGUUCUGGCCCCCUACACCUCCUCCUCCUACUCUACCACCUCCACCACUGACCAGCCCCUGGUCGAUGCACGGCACUCACUUUUGCCUGAGGAGACACAGCCAGCUAGCAACCUGCCCCAUCAGGAGAGCAGACCUCAUCCAGUGAAGCCAUUAACCUCCAGCCAAUCAGAGAAGAAGGAGGGUCGUUCGGUUCUGGAGAAGCUCAAGUCCACAAUCCACCCUGGGCGCACCGCCCACCAGGUCGUAGCUGAAGCUGAGAAGAGUCAGGAGGUGACCGUCGACAGCUCUGCUCAGUACCAGCACCUGACCAACAUGGAGCUGAUCUCCCUGCUGCUGCAGCAAGAUAUGGACAUGCAGAAGCACCAGGCGGCCUCGGAUCGGCAGGAGGCGCAGCUGGAGAAAUGCGAGGCCGAGCUGAAAAAGGUCAAGGCGCAGGUUCGAGACCUGGAGGACUACAUCGAUAAUCUUUUGCUGCGGAUCAUGGAGCAGACACCCACGCUGCUUCAAGUGCGAACCAGACACAAGUGACCACCGCAAGAGCGUGUACGGUGUAUUGCACGUGACGUGUGAUCCGCCUAGAAUAAAGUUUCCUCAAGAGUGGGUUCAAAACACAGGGUUAUUAUUAAAGAUUGGGAACCGCUGUUUCAGAGUCAGAAACAAAUGCUCCACAAAUCCUCCAGGUCUUCUCAAUGCUGAUACUGCCUUGUUGAUGUAGACACGAUAUUACCCAACACGCAUGGUGGUUACUAUCUCAGAAGCUUCAGCAAAGCGAAUGCAAAUGAUUAUUUCACCCAUGCUUAUUAGAAUAAAAAAAAAAACUCACUGCUGUCACAUAUGCAUAAAAUAAAAUA